CGACGAAGACGAAGAGAACGAAGGGGGAGCUAUGGCGGCAGGUGCAGGGGAGUUUUUUCUUCCCGUGUAUGCAUGAUGCUUGUCAAUGGGCCAGUCCACGUGGCGCCAUUCGCGAAGCUGGUAGCAGUGUAUCAAGGAGCAAGGAUAUGGCUAUGGCGGCGGCGAAUUACAGGUGCUGCUAUUACCCUGAGGCGGGAGGCGGGCAGCGUUGCCGGUCUUCUUGCCCCACGACGACGAGGGGAUCGCAAGAGAGAAGAUCCAGCAGGAGGCAGACACGUGGCAGCUUGUGCUGUCGAAACACCUCCCCACAAUUUCGCAGCGGUAGUGUAAGUAAGGUGCCUCUCAGCUUUGAUGGCUUCGCUAGCUUUGCGGAUGGCAGGGCGCGAGCGCUAUGUGCAUGGACUUCCGGGUCAAUCAGCAAGCCACCAUUCAAUGAUCGACCGAAGGUGUCAAAUCCAAGUACAGCACGAGGAGAUCGGGCACAAGUAGGACAAGGAAUGGUGGGCGGGGAUGGAGGACGACGGAAGCGAAGGGGAGAAGGAGAGAGGAGGAGGAUGUUACGCCUGCUGUGCAGGGCAGACGCAGCAAUGCACUUAGGAACGGGUUGUCUCCGGGGGCAGCAUUCUCAAUUAAUCAGCAGGGCUAGGGAAGGUAAAGGAGGAGGAGGAGGAGGAGGAGGAGGAGGAGGAGGAAGAGGAACGGGGAGCUUUCUGCUCGCACCCCGGUCCGAAUCUCUCCCCUUCCUUCUCUCCUCCUCCUCCUCCUCCUCCUCCUCCUCUCACGUUCCCGUAUUCUCUCCUGAAUCUUCUGCGCCUUGCUUGCGAACGCGUUUAGUAUCAAUUCGACGACGAUGCUCUCCCUCCACUUUCACCCACCGUUCUUCGCGCUCAUUUUGCGUCUCUCCCUAUUAUCCCUCUCCCUGUUGUCCCUCGCCCGAAUCAACGUCCCUUACGGGAUUUGAACCCGUGUCUUCGCUACGCCGUUCUUCCUUCCUUCCUCCUUCUUGCUCAGGUCCGCUGAGCGUUAUGUUCACGUACUCCUCUUUAUGUAGACAAGGUGUUAACUGUCGCAGAAUGCGUAAAUGGGAAAAAAAGUGCCACGUGUACAAUUCUGCAGCAACCUCGAUCAAAACGAUCAAUGAAGUUGUCUCCCGCCUGUCCAGUGGGGAACACCUCUCUCUCUGUCGAUGUUCUGCGUUCUGCCCUUCCCCUCUCUCUCGCUCUCCCUCCCUCUCCUGCUCCUCGCACGGCGUUCAAAACUCUUCCUCCUCCUCCUCCUCCUCCGCCGCCGCCGCCGCCGUCGUUGGAUUGGAAGAUCAUGGAUCGACGGAGGAAAUGACACCGAGCCAGUCGAACACUCUAGCAUCUCCCGCCCAGGUAGAAGACCAACUCUUACCGGCAUCGAAGCUGUUUCCACCCUGGAUAAUCGGUGCCACGUGGAAGGUGAUCGACGCUCUGUUGAGAGGGAAUCAAACAUCGCUUCUGAACGGAAGAAGAUCGUCGAUACGUAGCUCUGCUCGUCUUCGUCUACAGGAGGACCUCAACUUGUCUUCCUCCUUUCCCUCCUUUCCCUCGUCGCUAUCAUCAUCAUUCUCAUCGUUUGAUGGCAGCGAAGCGCGCCGCACAGUAGGGAGCAAUGGUGUGCAGCUCCCCAGUGCGCAGCAUAUCGGUCCGCCAAUCACGGUAUUCCGUCUGUUAGCGGGAAUAGUGUCGACGAUGAUGAUGAUGAUGAUGAUGGCCAUGUCGCUUGCAUGCUUCGCAGCUAUGGCAGUCGCUGUAGAUCCGGUGAGGGCGAGGAGAGGGGGUCCUGCUGGGAGGAGUGCGAUCGGGGCUGUCCCGAUCUCGGUAGAGACUCGGGCAGCACAAGUGCCAAUGGCAUGUCUUGCUAGAGCGAGAACGUUGACAGAGAUUGUAGGAGAGGUUCAUGCCAGUCGGCAAUUUCGAGGGGAAGAACCUGGUCUUGUAGGAGGUGAUCAUGGCGAUGAUGGUGAUGGUCAUGGAGAAGGGGCCAGUCGGCAAUUUCGAGGGGAAGAACCUGGUCUUGCACAACGCGCUUCCCGCUUCGACUUGAAUUCCUCUCACGCGUCGAGUUUUGCUGAUGAGCCCGUUUUGCGCGGGGAUGGGAGGGGGGGGGAAUCGCUGUGCCUGGGGAGAGGGGUAACUGCUCCGGAGGACCGGUCGCUGCAGGUAGUAUUGUCUCCGUCGGAAGGGGAGUUGACAAGGACCGGUCUUCUCCCCGGUGCAAUCGGAGUCGUCUCCUCGGAAGUUCAGAUGAAGGACCGGUCGUCCCCGAGGCGCCGCGGGGACAGAAAAGAUUGCAGAAAGACGGAAAGCGGACCAGAUUCGAAGGUCGGCAGCAACUUGGUUUCUGCGUCUAACUUGGAAAUCCUGUACGACUCUGUGUCUUCUUCUCAGGUCUUGGUCGGCGACUUGCUUUGGCCCUUGGAUUGGCGGCGGCUGGUGCAAGACGAGGAGGAGCUUGGCUAUGGUGGUGGAUCGUCUGUCGAGCUCAUUAGCAACGAUUUGAGAAUUCCAAGGAACAAAUCGCGCAGGAGGCGGACGUGUAAGAGGAAGAUGUCCAAGGAAGAAAAGAUUACGGAAGAUGAGAGGGAGAUUGAGAUAUGGAUGGAAGGGGUAAAGCAGGAGGCAAGGGACAGGGGGGUGCGGAUGACCACAGUGCAGAGGGCUCUAGAGGGGGUAACCAUUCGUAAGGCCGUCAUCGAGAGAGACAGGAAUCAGCCGGAGGUCAAGCUCACAUGCGAGGAAUACCUAAGGAGUUUUGGGUACUUCACAGGCAGUUGGGAUGUGAUUGAGGCGCUCAUUACGCUAGCAUAUGACCAGCAAAAGCCCAGAAGGGCCAUGUUUUUCAGAGAGGAAUUGAUGAGUGCGUUGAUGCUUAUGGAUCAAGGUGUAGCACCAGCUGGUGGCCGUCUGCUUGGUUCUUGGGCAGGAGCAAUGGGGCAAUGCCAAUUCAUGCCCUCUAGCUAUCACAACUUCGCUGUUGAUUACGAUGGCGAUGGUCAAGCAGAUAUCUGGAACUCCAAAGCGGAUGUGUUUGCAUCUAUGGCAAAUUAUUUGGAAAAGAAUGGGUGGAAACGUGCUCAGCGCUAUGCUGGUCAGAGAGUUAAAGCACCGGCAGCAAUCAGCUCAGAGCUGAUUGGCCUUAAAUUUCAAGCAACUGUGAAGGACUGGGAGAACAAAUACAAUGUUGUACCGCUGGAGGAACUCCAACUGCCACCAACAGCUCUUGCAAGUCUGAUUGCUCCUGAUGGUGCAGAGGGUCCAGCGUUUCUUGUGGGCGACAACUUCAGGGCGAUUAUGAGCUACAAUUCAUCGCAGCUGUAUGCGAUCUCUGUCUUUGAGCUAGCUAAUUUGAUCAACCAGAGGGCGUCGUCGCGCGCUCCUUCCCAGCUGGACGUACCGGGUCAGGUACUGGCAACAGUGUGAAUAGGAGAUGCAACUGCACCUCCCCUUUCCCAAGGCGGAUUCUCGAUCGGCAUGUACCAAAGCGCAAUAUCAGAUCGACAGCAGGAAUGCUCGGACAUGUGCGAAGAAGAUCCACUGGAUGUCUGAAGUUGGAUGUCCGGUCCAGAAAGAGAUCAGUGUUUGCUGUAAUCUAGUGCCACCCAUGUUUUUUUUUUUUUUUUUUUUUUUUUCUUUUUCGGGAGAGUUUAAAAAACAGGGCAGCUGUUUGGAGGGGUGAUAUGAGCAGCCCCAACUAAAAGCCUUUCUGGUUGCUCCAAUCUAUUGGUGGGAAGCGUAACCUGCUGGAAAUGGGGUCCAGGGUCCCUCAGCAUGCAGUUUUAGAUCCACAUUGAAGAGAGAAUAUUCUCCUGCCACUGCUGCCAGCAUUGAUUGCCCCAAAUACCCGGGGGAUUUACUGUGCAGGGUGGGGCCCGCUCAGCCCCCGUCCUCCUUGACUGUGCAGGGUGGGGGCCGACAGGCCGUCCUACCUAUGUAACGCUUCAACGAGUAUAGCCAAGAAAGCGCGUCUUACCCGGGAAAAAAAAAAAGCUUGUCUUAACAAAAAAAAAAGCGCGUCUUACCAAAAAAAAAAAAAAAAAAAACCGUCUUACACGACUGUUCCACGCAACUGUAUCUCUCAUUUACAAGAGUGGAAGGAGCGGGAUUUCUCCAACGGACACGUACUGAUUCUACUGAAUCGUAACAUCCAAUCAACAACGAGAAUUGUCUGCACAACGCCAUCGUCAUCCCGUUGUCCACAUGUGGGACUCUCUCCGUGCCAACAGCAUGUGAGUGGAGCACAAACGACCUGCGCACUACUGUGUACGGUCCUUGUUUUUUCCCCCUCUACAGCUGCGCACUUUGCAGCAAAGGAAACGCAAGGGCAGCGUGUCGUAGCUCUGGUCGUCAUCAUCAGUGCUAUAGUGAUUGAAUACACGAGCAGUAGACGAGUGGAUUUGAUCAAUUUGAUUUGAUCAAUUUUAAUGUGACGAAUUGACUGUAAUGGCUAAGCGGUAGUAAGCAGCAACGCCGUCUCUUUGUCGUUGUGCUUUUUGAAACUUUUUUGGAGUUUUUUUAACUUUUUUCUUAUUUGUUGAAUUUGUAAGUUUGUUCCCAUUGUAAUGAAACCAGCUUCAGAAC